ACCGACCUGACCAUUUUCUACCUCAGGACUGGCGCAGAUCUCGCACGUGAGUUUCAUACUAGCAUGUGUCCGGAGAAGAUCCCGUUCAUCUCACGCGAGCGAAUAAAGACCGAUGCUCUUACUCAUUUCGCGCUUUUGGACUACGGCUUGUUUCUCCUUCCGCCUUCCCCCCCUUCUUCCGCUCCCCUCUCUCUCUCUCUCUAAACCAUUUCCUGUCUAUUUUUAUUUACAAAAUCAUACACCAUCCCAAAAGAAGAACCCGUUUUUGUAAUUUUCUCAACUCCUGCUAAAUUCCAACUAGAUCGAUUGUGAAACGACGACAGACUCACACGCGAAAUCUUUAUGUAAGUCCUACGGGUCUUGUGCUUCUCGGGUGCAGAUGGAGAAUCUUCUUCUACACAAGUAUCGCAGUGACCGCCGCAAGCUCCUUGAUUUCAUCCUGUCUGUCGGUUUAAUCAGAGAAAUUCAAACACCUCAAGGCGCUAUUAGCUUACGCGACAUCGAUUUGGAUGCCGUCAGCGUUGAUUCCAUACUGGAAUGCGCGAAUCAUGGUGGGAUUCUCGAUCUUUCAGAAGCUACUAAAAAGUACUAUUAUGAACAUGAUUAUCCGACGAUGAUAAAUUCUCAAUCAGGUAGCUCAUACUUUCUUCUAUCAGAACCAUUGUCUGGGUCACCUCCACAACGCAUGCCUCCUCAGGUUCCAGAUAAACCAAUUACUAAUCUUUCAUCACAUUCAUCAAGCAAAGUGGAUCCUUUAAUUGCAGAGGAAAUUGCAAGUUUUGGGCAUGCAGAUGCAGUCAGACAUAUGGCUGAAACAGCUAAAUCUUGUCAACCCAUGAGCGAUGCAAAUAUUCUCUCAUUAGGCUUACCUACCCUGGGGACAGGGCUUUCUGAUGAUGAUGUCCGAGAAACAGCUUAUGAAGUAUUGCUUGCUUCUGUGGCUUUCUCUGGGGUUCAAAUUCAUUCCUUUGAAGACAAGAAGAAGGAAAAGAAAUCUAAAUUUCUAACGAGGCGGAGAAGUAAAAAGGAUAAUUCUCAAUCACUUUCAGAUGCUAGCCACUCUGACCUGCUUGAUACAAUUCGCAUUCAGAUGGAGCUUUCAGAAGCGAUGGAUGCAUGCAUUAGGAAAGGCUUAAUAAAGUUUGCUUUUAGGACAGUGACUGGGCAAUUGGAUGUUCCUCAAAUUUCAUUGGAGCUUUUAAGUUGCGUUUGCAAGUCCGAUUUUCCCAGUGAAAGGUCUUAUAUGCAUUGGCUGAAGAGACAGGCAAAUAUCCUUGAAGAACUCCUCUAUUUUUCUGCAAACCUAACCACAGAUGGGCAGAUUAUGUUCAGAGGUUUUCUUUCAAAGCUCAGAAAUACUGAGGAAUGGUCUUUAAGAAUGGCCCCUUCUGAACGUGCGGUGCUUUUAACAUCUAUAAGAAGAGUUGCUUUGAAACUGUCCAAGAUGCCUACAAAGUUUGGUAUUCCUUGCGAAACCUAUUACUGGGUGUCUGGCUAUCAUUUGAAUGUUAAGCUCUAUGAGAAGUUACUCUGUAGUGUUUUUGACAUUGUUGAAGAAGGUCAGCUUAUAGAGGAAGCAGAGGAAAUUCUUAGUAUUCUUAAAUUGACCUGGCCUAUUUUGGGCAUUACUCAGAAGAUGCACAUCACAUUAUAUGCCUGGGUGCUUUUUCAACAGUUUCUAGGGACAGGUGAGGCCAUGCUCUUGGAACAUUCAAUUGCUGAGAUGCAGAAAGUUGUAUUGAGUGAAGAUGGUGAUGGGAAUGAAGGGUCAUACUUGAAUAGCCUCAUCUGUUCAGUUGGAGUGAAUGGCAACGAAACAAAAUUAAGCUUGAUACAUGCUGUUUUCUUGUCAAUGAGGAUCUGGUGUGACAGUCAACUUCGAGACUAUCAUCUGCAUUUUAGUAAGAAACCUGAGAACUUUGGAAGGGUGUUGACCUUAGCAAUAGUUGUGGGAAUCCAUACUGCUAAUGACGGUGGUGAAGUUCAGUUCAAUAAACCUAUUGCUGGGACCGAAAUGGCUUCAAAAUGCUUUAGGGAGUAUGUUGAGAGGUCUAUUCAAGCUGAAUAUAAGAGGGUCUUGAAUACCUUGGAGAUCAAAUCAAAAGCAGAAAAGAGACAUCCUUUGGCCGUGUUAGCUGAUGAAUUACAAUUGAUUGCUGAAAGAGAAUCCACUAUGUUUUGCCCCAAGUUAUGUCAUUGGUGCCCGGAAUCUAGAAUGCUUCCUGCCAUUCUCCUGCACCAACUUUAUGGGGAAAGACUGAAGCCAUUCCUUGAUGGUGUAUCACUUCUUUCAGAAGAUGUGAGGUUAGUGCUCCCUGCAGCUGAUAUGCUAGACCAGAAUCUGACUCAGAUAUUCCGUUCUGCAUGUGGCGAAGAUAUGAAUCCGCUUUUCAGCAAAGAUUUGAAGCCAUAUCAGGUUGGAGAAGUUUCUGCACCAAUUAUUCUUCACUGGGUGAGUGUGCAGCAUGACAAUAUCUUGGAAUGGACUGAACGUGCUUUUGAUCUGGAGGAUUGGGAGCCGUUAUCAUCUCAGCAAAGACAAGCAGCAUCAAUAAUUGAAGUCUUUCGGAUAAUUGAGGAGACGAUCGAUCAGUUCUUCAACUUGAACCUCCCAAUGGAUAUCACACACUUGAAAUCUCUACUAUCUGGGAUUGUUCGGAGCUUGCAAGCGUACUUGCUGAAACUGACCAGUCAGCUAGUUGACAAGAAUUACUUGUUUCCUGCUGCUCCUGCAUUGACACGUUAUAAGGAGGCAAUGACUCCCUUUAUCAAGAAAAAGUCAAUUGAGUAUGUAUUUCUGGAGGAGAGAGUGCAGAAUCAACUGAAUGAAUUGACAACUUCCAAACUUUGUGUUAAGCUUAACACUCUUCAUUACAUUCAAAACCAAAUUAGAACAUUAGAAGAUGCCAUCAGGAAGCAAUGGAUGCUUGUUAGGCCAUUGAGAGAAUAUCAACCUCUAGGAGCUUCAAAGGAAGGAUCACCUACAUUUAGUGGGUCAGUUGAUGAACCAUUUGCCACCUUCAACAGCAUCAGGGAAGCUGCAGAUAAAGCCACAACGAAGAUCUGUGAUUUCAUUGGAACGAAGGUCCUCUUCUGGGAUCUGAGAGAUUCUUUCCUGUUCUCUUUGUAUCGAGGCGAUGUUGAAAGUGCUCGGUUGGAAAGUAAUCUUUCACAACUUGAUACUGUCCUUGACCAUAUAUGUGCUUUGAUCGCUGAUUCUCUUAGAGAUCCAGUUGUUUUGAGCAUUUGUCAAGCGUCAUUUGAAGGCUACAUCUGGAUACUGUUGGAUGGAGGCCCUUCCCGUGUGUUUUCUGACACUGAUAAUGCAAUGAUGCUAGAAGACCUUAAUAUAUUGAAGGACUUUUUUGUAGCAAAUGGAGAAGGCCUUCCUCGUGCGGUAGUCGAGCGAGAAGCCAAAUUAGCUCAACAGAUCCUAAAUUUAUAUACCCUUCAGACCGAAACUGCAAUUGGAAUGUUGAUGAGUGCAAGUGAGCAAAUCUCCAAAGGAUUGGAUUGUAGGAAACCUGGAGGGAGAUCUCCAGAAGAUGCUGAUACCUUACUCCGUGUAUUAUGCCAUAAAAAGGACAGAGAAGCCUCCAAGUUCUUGAAAAAACAAUAUCAACUUCCCAAGUCUUCAGAUUAUGAAGACUUUCUGGGGAAGGAGUCAACUUUGAAAUCGCCUCUUAUAUCAGAUCUACUGAAAAGAAGUGCGUCAUUUCACUGGUCCGAGACGAGUAUGAAGGGCUUGAAGAGUAUGAAAAAGAAAUUUCAGGUUGCCACAUCUGAAAUCAAGUACACCACUUCUAGGUGAGGAAAAGCUGUACUUGACUCUUUUGGCGUGUAGCACAUAUUAUUAUAGGAAUAUAAAUGUGGGUUUUCUUUUUGAAAUGAGAGACAUCCAUGCCCUGGUUUUGGUAUGGUGAGAUUAUAGGCUCACAUCCCUUGGUUAUAAAGGAAAAGGAAGCUAAUUUCAUUGGAA